GUACUUCGGGGGCGAUCUCACAAAGCUUGCAAAGCGAGCUUACGACAAAAGUAUCGAGAUGCGAGAAAGCUGGUGGCGCGAACUUUUACAGUGCUUGCAAGGUGUGGAGUACCUUCACCGAGAGGCUCAAAUGCACUUAGACAUCAAGGAGCCGAACACAAUGCUUCGUCACGACGACUUCAAAAAUCCUGAAGUUGUUCUUGUAGACUUCGGACGUGCGCAGAGCUUCUGCAGCAAAGUUACUGGCAUCAGUGGCACUCCAGGUUACAUUCCUCCCGAAACCUGGAAGAGGUACCGCUGGCAACCGCAGGGUGACAUCUUCUCGCUGGGCGUGGUCUUUUUUCAGCUGCUUGCAGCUCGUGUGCCUCUUCCUGGGCCUGACGCCGCGGCUGGCAUUUUCCAGGUGCAAGCCAAGAGCGUGCAGGAGGUCGGACAACAGACCAUCACGAACCAGCCCCCCUGGCAGCUGUUUCCAACACGGAU